UACGGGUUAGGGCAAUGAAGAAAGAUCCUUAAACCGCAGCAGCCUCAGACAAAAAAAGCUUAGCAUUAAAAUAUUGACACAACUAGUGAUUCUAGUAGAUCACUGUGGUGUAGAUUUUUUUCUCGAAAAUAAUAAUUAAUAAAAAUUUGUUAGAAGAAGAUUCAAAAGCAAAAACGCGUUAUUGGACACAAUAGGGGUGUAGUGUGACUUGUGAGGGCAAAGGGGGAGGAGGAGGAGGAGGAGGAGGAGAAACUCGCCGGACACGGGAGAUCCCUAAACCGCAGCCUCAGACAAAAGCUUCGUAUCCAUCGUUGACUUCACCCUCAGCUUGAUCAUCAUCAUCAUCAUCUCUGUCUCUGUUCGGAUUCUCCUUAAUUGAUCCGGACCAUGCCGCCGAGAUGCUGUUUCCUCCGCCAUCUAUUCUUCUUACUACUGGUUCUCUCACCAUGGACGCCUUCUUGCGGCGGCGCUGCCGACGAGUCGACGUAUCCGCUCGCUGUAACUCGUGUCGACUUCAGAAGUUUACAAGAAUUCAUUAAUGAACCUUCAAAGCCAACAACAAGUAGAGGACAUACACAGCCAACAGAGCCAAAUACCAACUUUGUUGUUGAUCGUGAUGGGAAAGUGUCUUUAAAGCAGCAAGCAUCAAAGCAAACAAUAUGGUCCUUCUCAACAGGAUCCCCAUUGUAUUCGUUAUAUCAGGCUCCUCUAGGUGCUAAUAACAACACAGAAAAUGCUACUGAGAUAAGUCGUCCUUUGAUAAUAGUAGAUUAUGUGGACAGCUCUACGGCGGCUACGGUUGAUGGCUAUCAUAAUUGGGCAGUUGGGGACUUUUUUAGGCAGAAGCCACUUGUAACGGAUGGUGGUGUGACUCUUGGGUCAGAAACAACUACUGCCUAUUUGGUUGAUGGUGAAUCAGGGAGGCUAAUCCAUGUUUACAAAUCAACCCAUUCUUCUGAAGAUACUAAACUUAAUAAUGCUCUGGUGAAGCCCACUAGCAAUGUAGAUUUCCUGAAGCUACCUCUUCUUAUCAGGCGAACAGAUUCCAAACUAGAGCAUUUUGGUAAUGCCACUGGAAAGCUUGCGUGGAAUUUUACGGUUUCUCACUUCAGAGCUGCUUUUCUAUGUGACCCAGUUUUCAAUUCAGGCUAUGACCUCGGUCCUAGAAUUCAAACUGGAAUCUAUAUGCCAUUGCCAUGUGGAUCACAAAUUGACGUUCCUGGCCCAGAACUUGUUAUUAGGGUCCCCUAUGAUGAGCCAAUGAAAGUGAAAAUGCUACACCUUGAGAGCGAAAACAGCAUCAUGCUUUCUGAAAGAUCCAUUGAAGCAAGGAAGUUACAAGAGCAACAUGGGCAAGAACAUGGAUAUGUGUUUGGAAAAGUUUUUGAAUGGUCAUUCGUUAAGUUAUUGGUCCCUUUAGUGCUUCUGGGUGUUGUUGUCUCUGUUUUCAUUAAAAGGUUUUCGUCGAGGGGUAGUGACUUUAGUUUGAAAUCUGGACCUUCCAAAAAGAAAAAGAACCGUAGAUCAGGGAAUAGGCAGUCAGUUCCCCAUGGCCAGGACCAGUUCGAGCUCAUUGAAGGAGGUCAAAUGUUACUAGGCUUCAAUAACUUUCAAAGUGGUCCAACUCCUGGGCGAAAGAUCGGUAAGUUGUUUGUGUCAAGUAAAGAAAUCGCUAAAGGAAGUAACGGAACUGUGGUGUUUGAGGGUAUUUACGAAGGCCGGCCUGUAGCUGUAAAACGCCUUGUUCGAUCUCAUCAUGAGGUUGCUUUCAAAGAGAUUCAAAACCUCAUUGCAUCCGACCAACACUCUAACAUCAUCCGGUGGUAUGGUGUGGAGUAUGAUCAAGAUUUUGUAUACCUUUCUCUAGAGCGUUGCACCUGCAGUUUAGAUGAUCUUAUCAAAUCCUAUUUAGAGUAUUCUAUGACCAAAAUACUAGGAAACAACGAAUCUACUGAAGCAGUAGCUUCAUAUAAGAUCCAACUGGAUUCGUUGGAGGGAGUUAUCAAAGGAAACAAUUUUUGGAAUGUCGGGGGCCGCCCGUCACCUUUCAUGCUUAACCUAAUGAGGGAUAUGGUGUAUGGGGUUGUCCACUUACACAAAUUGGGAAUAGUUCAUCGGGACUUGAAGCCACAAAAUGUCUUAAUUAGUAAAGAGAUGACUGCUAAACUUUCUGAUAUGGGCAUUAGCAAACGUAUGUCUAGAGAUAUGUCAUCAUUGGGUCAACUUGCCACCGGUUCUGGUAGUUCGGGUUGGCAAGCACCAGAGCAGCUUCUACAAGGUCGUCAAACUCGUGCAGUGGACAUGUUCAGUUUAGGUUGUGUCAUCUUUUAUACUAUAACCGGUUGUAAGCAUCCAUUUGGAGAUGAUCUUGAACGAGAUGUCAAUAUUGUGAAGAACAAAGUCGACCUAUUUCUAGUAGAACACGUUCCAGAAGCUUCGGACCUCAUAUCUCGUUUGUUGGACCCAAAUCCUGAUUUACGUCCUAGUGCAACAGAAGUGGUGGUCCAUCCUAUGUUUUGGGACUCGGAGACGAGACUGUCUUUUCUUCGGGAUGCCAGUGACCGAGUUGAGCUUGAAAAUAGAGAAGCUGAUUCUGAAAUCUUGAAAGCAAUGGAGAGUACAGCUCCAGUGGCUAUAGGAGGGAAAUGGGAUGAAAAGCUAGAACCUGAUUUCAUCACAAACUUAGGGUCCUACCGACGUUACAAAUACGACAGCAUUCGCGAUUUGUUACGAGUCAUCAGGAACAAACUGAAUCAUUAUCGUGAACUUCCACCAGAAAUUCAGGAACUUGUCGGAACAGUUCCAGAAGGAUACGAUGAGUACUUUGCCGUACGGUUUCCGAAAUUGUUGAUUGAAGUCUACAAAGUCAUCUCUCUGCACUGCAAGGAAGAGGAAGUAUUCAGAAAGUACUUCAAAUGCAACAUCAUCUAAAAGACUGUUUGGCUUCCAGCACUCUAUUUGUUUGUUAAUUAUUGUAUUGUUUGUCCUCCUUGUAGUGUCACAUAAAUUAACUACUACUAUCUAAAUGUUUAGCGUAUAGCUUAAACUGCAACAUGUAGUAGUACUUAUAUAUGUAUAUAGAGAGUAUGUUCUAGUGACG